AUGGCAAAUUUACCGGCUCACGCCUCUCCAUCACUGCACGCUCUGCCGACCUCAACGCAACCGGUCAACAACAUACAGCUUUCUCCAACGAGCCAUCCAUAUGAUACUACCCCGGCGAAUUCCGCGAGUGAAACCAAUAGUAUAUCAGACGGUGAUAAUGCGACAACAGGAGUGCCUCCGAUUGUCUCUCCCCCGGCUACUCCAGGCGGAACAAUCCCCCACACUCAUAUCAGCCACCCAAAACUCAUCGAACGACUCCCCGAAGUAGAAUGCAUUGUACGCGCUCGGAUCCCGACGACGACUGGAGCUGAGAUGUUCCUACAUCUCUAUCACAACGACAUCGACAAGAAGGAGCACCUUGCAAUUGUGUUUGGAAAUACAAUCAGGAGUCGGAGCUUAGACCGGGUGCGACCCGGAGAGUGCGAACGAGAUCGAAUGAUUCGUGGUGCUUAUGUGGGUAAACUGCAUCCAGGUCGUGAGAGCAGCUGGUACGAAAACCCGGCUAAGCGGGGAACAACCGGACAUAAUGAGGGGGGCGCUGUACAUGAGUCAGAGGUGAUUUCAGAACGGCCGAGUGAAGCACCACUUGUACGGAUUCACUCUGAGUGCUAUACAGGAGAGACAGCUUGGUCAGCCCGUUGUGACUGCGGAGAACAACUAGACGAGGCAGCUCGGUUGAUGUCAUUACCUAUGGGAACCUUGAAUGAGAUUGCUUCUCAGCAAUCAAGGACCGUGCCGAACAAUGUCUCCGGUGGUGUUAUCAUCUACCUUCGUCAAGAGGGCCGCGGGAUCGGCCUUGGAGAGAAAUUGAAAGCAUACAACUUGCAAGACCUGGGAAAUGACACAGUGGAAGCCAAUCUUGCAUUGAAUCACCCUGCCGACGAUCGAAGUUAUGGACUAGCGACGGCGAUGCUCGUUGAUUUGGGUCUGGGAGUUGAUUCAAACCCGCAUGGCAUCCGCCUUCUCACCAAUAAUCCCGACAAGGUUAGGGCAGUUGAGGGGCCAGGGCGUGAGGUGGUGGUGAAGGAGAGAGUACCGAUGGUGCCGCUGUCAUGGCAGACUGGGGGCAAAAUGGGCUUCACAAGCUCCGAAGUGGAGGGCUAUCUGCGGACGAAGAUCUCCAAGAUGGGCCAUAUGAUUCAGUAA